AUGUUCACCAGCGUCUUCUGUCUGACGGUGCUCAGCGUGGACCGCUACGUCGCCGUGGUGCACCCUCUGCGCGCUGCCACCUACCGGAGGCCCAGCGUGGCCAAGCUCAUCAACUUGGGCGUGUGGCUGGCAUCCUUGCUGGUCACACUGCCCAUCGCCAUCUUCGCUGACACCAAGCCGGCUCGGGGCGGCCAAGCCGUGGCCUGCAACCUGCAUUGGCCGCACCCGGCCUGGUCGGCGGUCUUUGUGAUCUAUACUUUCCUGCUGGGCUUCCUGCUGCCCGUUCUGGCCAUCGGCCUGUGCUACCUGCUCAUCGUGGGCAAGAUGCGGGCGGUGGCACUGCGGGCAGGCUGGCAGCAGCGCAGGCGCUCAGAAAAGAAGAUCACGCGGCUGGUGCUGAUGGUGGUAGCCGUCUUUGUGCUCUGCUGGAUGCCUUUCUACGUGGUGCAGCUGCUAAACCUGUUUGUGACCAGCCUUGAUGCCACAGUCAACCAUGUGUCCCUCAUCCUCAGCUACGCCAACAGCUGUGCCAACCCUAUCCUCUAUGGCUUCCUCUCAGACAACUUCCGCCGUUCCUUCCAGCGGGUUCUCUGCCUGCGCUGCUGCCUCUUGGAUGUUGCAGGUGGUGCUGAGGAAGAGCCCCUGGACUACUAUGCCACUGCUGUCAAGAGUAGAGGUGGGGCAGGAUGGAUAUGCCCCCCACUCCCCUGUCAGCAGGAGCCCUUACGACCAGAACCCAGCCGCAAGCUGGUCCCUCUCACCAGGACCACCACCUUCUGA